AUGCAUGUAUAUGAUAAGCUAUAGGUACACACACUUAAGUCUUGUUCUGAUGCCUCAUUAUAGCAUGAAGCUGAAACUUGGGUCCUUGGAGGAUAAGCCAAGAGUUCUCCAGGCCCUAGCAGGGUUCUACCAAGCUGGAAAGACUUCAGGUAUAGGCCGGUUUGUUAUAGACUAUAUGUCUGUUCUAAAACCAGGCUAGCUAAGUGUGGGAAGGCUUAUACUACCAGGCUGGCCACGUGGUUAUGAAUUUUUUGGUCACAGCAACUCUUAAGGACCCUCUGAAGUCAUAGAAGGGUCACAGUCCGUGUCAGUGGAAAGAGGUGCCUACGCUGACAGAACCAUGGAUCCUUGAGGUGUAUGCUCUUGAGACAUUUUUGUAUGUAUGUAACAUACAUGCAUAGAAUGUGGUCAAGGGGUAUAAAAGGUGUGAAGGAAGUGAUGUUUGGAUCUCUGACUAGCUGGAUGCAGGGGAAAUGAAUAUGUCCCAGCAAGUUAACAGGUAUACUGAAAAUAGUUGGAAAGUACUGUCCUAAUGGCCUGAAAGAAUAUACUUUCCUGCUUUUUUUCCUCUGUGUGAUUCCAUCCUGAGCAGAACCCCACGGAAGACAGAGUCCAGCAGCCACCCGUUACCCACCCCACCCCGAUUACCCGCUGCCUUUCGUACAACUGCCCCACUGAGAACACAGAUAUGGAUGUGAACCACAUCCGGGCGCAAAGCUUCCUCUUCGGUUGUGAGCUGAAGGCUGACAAAGAUUUCCACUUCAAGGUGACGAGUGAACAAACCGAACACCAGCUUUCGUUGAAGACAGUGAGCUUAGGAGCUAGUGCCAAGGAUGAACUACAUGUCGUUGAAGCUGAGGCCCUGAAUUUUGAAGGCAGCCCAACUACAGUCACCCUGGCAUCGCUGAAAUUGUCCGUGCAGCCCACGGUUUCACUUGGUGGCUUUGAGAUUACCCCACCAGUCGUUUUGCGUCUGAAAUGCGGUUCUGGACCCGUGUACAUUAGUGGCCAACAUCUAGAGGUAGAGGAGAUCGAAGAGGAUGAGGAGGAGGAGGAAGAGGAGGAGGAGGAGGAGGAAGAGGAAGAGGAAGAAGAGGAGGAGGAGGAAGAAGAAGAGGAGGAGGAAGAAGAAGAAGAGGAAGAGGAGGAGGAGGAGGAGGAAGAUGAUGAAAUUGAAAAUAAUAAUUCUCUAGAGAACAAGUCUGAUCCUGAUAGUCCAGCCCAGAAUGGACAAACUCCCAACACGGAGGAGGAGACGUCAGAUUCCGAGCCGGUUACACCCAAAUCAAAAAGCCAGGAGUCCUUCGACGCUGAGGAAAAGAUUCUCCCAAGUCCCCAAGAAGCUAGCUCUCCUGAGGAUAUUAAAGAAAACAUUCAGAAUGACCAGUCAACAGGGGACAUAAAAGUGAUUGGUGGAGAUGAUCUCUCAACUUUAACUGGAAAGAACGUCCUGAUUGUUGAAGACAUCAUUGACACGGGUAAAACAAUGCAGACCUUGCUUUCCCUGGUCAAGCAGUAUAAUCCAAAGAUGGUGAAAGUAGCCAGCUUGCUGGUGAAAAGGACACCUCGCAGCGUAGGAUACAGACCUGACUUUGUUGGAUUUGAAAUUCCAGACAAAUUUGUCGUUGGAUAUGCCCUUGACUACAACGAAUACUUCAGGGACUUAAACCAUGUCUGUGUCAUUAGUGAGACUGGCAAAGACAAGUACAAAGCAUGAGAUGCAACUUGGUGUGCAGAGAAGCUUUGAAACACAUUUGGGAUACCCAUCAACUUCACCUCUGGACCACCAGCUAAAUUUGUCCAAUGUUUCAGCCCUGUGACCAUCUGCUUAUUAGAGCUUUUUGCAUGUACUGUAUCUUGUCUGUUUUGUAUUUUAGGAAUGUCAAACAGUUGCUGCAGUUCUGAUUGCUGUUUCAUUUGCACUACAAAACCUAAAGAGACUAUCACUACCCCUGGGUGGGUUGUAUUGCUUGAAUUGCUGUUUGACUUACGAAUGGGAAAUUACUUAAACCACACCGACACUGAAUUGAAAUAGUUGAAGUAUUGUGAAUGUAAGAGAUGUUUAAAGAGGAUAUAUUGAUUUUUUUAAAUUGGUAAUUUAAUUUUAUAUGUUAAAGAAAAUGCAGAGAAGUGAUUGAAUAUUGUUAGUUAACACCUUUUUGGUGUCAAAGAGGGAGCAGUCAAUUUCAAUAUCUGUUCCAGUUCUGUUACAGAAUUUAAGAGGUUUGAUUAUUUUAUGAUAGCCCUAUCUAUCUCCUGGAAUUAACGUUAUUAUUUCAAGAACUUUAGUUAUUUUUGCGGGGAAUUAAAAUGGAAGCAAAGAGUUAAUUUUAUUGAGACGGGCAAUAGAACGAAAAGCCAAAAAAAAAAGUUCGCUGAGCUGUCUGUCCCACUCUUACACAUUAUUUCCUUUCUGUGCUCGCCAGUCAAAAGUAGUUUUCUUUUAAACAUAAAUUGACAUUCUGGACAUUUUACUUUUGAAAUCUAUAAUGCAAAAUGCUUAAAAUAAAGGCUGUCUCUUUA